AUUAGGGGUACUUUAGUAAGAUUCAUAUUUUCAAUUAUUUUAUUUAUUUUACAGACUCAGCUUUUAUAGUAUCCGGCGCUCGAGACUACGCGAGGACCGCAUUCAAAGCGGCCAUGGCCUCUGCACAAGUUGUCAUUCAACCCGUGUACAAGACAAUGUUUUCGGAGCUUCGUCAAUUUCCGAGAAUGCAAGUCGUGUACCAUCCCAAUUGCCGCUUGCCGUCCCACGUGGACCGUUCGUACGACGCGCACGUGUCCAAGGUACGCGACUUGUGCGCCGUGCCCACUCCCGACCUGACUGGCAAGGACCGCUUCAAAUAUAGUGCCGUUCCAAAAAAGCUGUUGCCCAUAAAGAGCACCAGUCCAGACUUCCAACCACCCUCAUCACUGAGGACCCCCGGAGGUACUAGAUCGAGGAACAGAGGGACUCAGAGCGUGUUCAGGGAAUCAUCAGCGCAGACACGUCCAUGGCAACCUGACGCACAACCGGCAGAAGGAUGUGAAACUACUCCUGAAGUUAUGUAUCUGGAUAAAUUGGAGUGGGGUCCGGGUAUACCGUAUCGUACAGGAGAUUUGCCAGCGGACUUUCACACUACGGAAAUUAUCAAUAAAAUGCGUCACGCACGGCGCUGGGCCGAGCUGGUGGAGAAGGGUCGGUUCCCGCGCUGGAUGAAGAAGCAGGACGCAAUCAUCAGCGACGUGGAGACCAAGGAUUGGAUCUUUAGAGAAGCGGAAAUCGAUGAAUUACAAGACAUCCGUCUAACGUUGCUCAACGAGCUGAAAGCGCAGCAGCAGAAGAAGAAGGCGACGCGGGUGGGCACCAAGCUGGCCAAGCUGUGGGCGUACAAGAAGAACGACAUGGAGAGGAAAAUCGAGCAUAUUAGGAGGACCAGGGACAGAGAGAUUAGAAAGCUGACAAGUGUUCACGGGCGCGGGGGUCGAUUGGGCCUCGUGCAGUCCAUGCGGGCGGCGAGAGGUGCGGGAUCAGCGAUCACAGCUGCCCAAGACCCCACUUCAGACUUAUAUGCACCGAGAGCAAGGCAUGGUUACCAGGCGAGCAGAAGGCAUGGAGAGAUUACAUAUGAUCCUUCUUUACUGGAUAUCGAAGACCAUAACGUCUUGGCUGAACCUCCAGCCUGGUUGCACCAGUGCGGCCAGAACUUAACCAAGACAUGCUCCGGUCACCACUUGCCACGAGAUCAGAUGCAGCUCUGCGAGCGAGAAACCAAAUGGAGUGAACAGUUCUUGGAGAACUUGCACAAUGAUUUGAAGAAAGCCCGCUUGGGAGCGGCAUUGACCUCGGCGGGACCUCUUCGGAUACUUAAGCCGCGACGCUUAGUAGAGACACCAAGACCUCCAACUCCCGAGGUGGAAUCUGUUCCGGAAGAUGACGAAGUGUCUCACCAGGCUGCUCUGUUACUGCAAAAGAUACUGAGAGGACGGGCUGUUCAGAAUCUGAUGUACGAAGGACGUACUAGGGCAGCAGAACUCACUGAGGAGCUGAAGACAACGCACGGUCUGCAGAAGGAAGAUAGAGCAGGUAUUGCUAAAGAGGAAGCCAAGGCUAGAGACUACCAGGCGGUGCAUUCUGAAGUCGAGCAUAAAGAGGAAGCCAUAUCCGCACUUGUGGAAGAACUGUGUGGCGGGGCAGUCUCCGCCGCUUUGGACUUCCUGGAGAAGGAACUCAGAAGGUUGAAGGAGGAGAGACGGCAGCACGCCUUCAUACUUAUUGCACUUCGCGAGAAAUCGAUGCGCGAGGCAGCCGAAGCGGGUCGCAGGCAGAAAGAAGAACAUCGCAGGAGAGAACAUGAUGAAAUGUUUAAGCAGGUGUUAGGAGUAACCCAGGAAUCAGUGGACGCCUACCUCCAUGAGAUCAUCAGAGAAGGAGUGGAAUUGGGGGCAGAAGCAGACGCUGUCAAACAUGUUUUGUCGAAUGCAGACAAGAUUGACCAAUCACUCUUGGAGCACGGUUCUAUGUCAACAGCAGAACAGAACGAGCUGGUAGCGGAGUUGGUGCAGCAGUUCUUGUUACCUGAAGCGCACAAAGUCGCUGCGAGACACCAUGUGUCAGCGCUGCAAGCCGCUCGAUUAGAUGCCGCCAGAAGCACCAUAUUUGGAACAUUGGAUGAAGCCGACAAAGAAAAAGAGGACAAAUGCAAUCGCUGUGGUGAGCCACUGGAUUAUCAAUGCAAGUGCGUAAAAUGUGAUAUACCGAUGCUCUCGACUGCUACCGACUCCAGAGAUGAUCCUCGAUGGAAGAGUACUAGACGUCGUGAUGAAAAACGCGUGGACAAAACUUUACCGCCGAGUCUCGAAGUACGACGCAUGCUAAACGAACUUUUAGACGACGCCGUGGCAGUAGCCAGGUAUAUGAAAGAAGAGAAGCAAGAAAUAACCAGGUACCUCGCUGGGCGCUUACGCGAAGACUCAGAGGUCGCGCUUGAUGCUAUGGAGAUGGUGGAAGAGGCGGUGGCCGUCGCAACCGGUGAGAAGCAACCUCGAGUAGCAAGAUUUCCUUACAGAUACUACAUGAAGCUUAUCCAUGACGAUGUACUUGAUAUUACCAAGCUUCCUGAAGCACAAACCAAUUGUCCCAAAGAGUUGCCGUCAGAAAUAAGGCGCAAGGCUGAAGCGGCCGCGAUACCCGAUCCUAACUGCUACUGUGAAAACACUAUGUCAACUGUCAAGUUUUCAAUGAAUACAAUGUCGCCCGACGAAAUUCUUAAGUUGCUGCCGACUGAACUGCGCCUGCUGGAGGAGAUGAGACGCUGCAAGUGUGACACUAGCCACACCGGCCGCACCAGCCCCGUCACUGAUGUGUCACCAUCCUAUGACUACACGACUACAACUAAAACGCCAGGAUUCGAUGACGAAGAUCAAGAUGAUAUAUGAAAAAAAAUACUUAUAAGUAUAUUUAUUUUAUAUAUUUUUAAUUUAAGUUGACUCUGGUAGCCAAUAUUAAUGUAUGACAAAUUCUUUAGUGCCUAACUUCUGCCUGCUUUUUCGAUGAUACCAAAAAUGGCUCAUAUCGAUAUCCAGAGAUCGAUUUAGCAAUUUCUGGGGUUCAAGGAAAUCAUUGAGGGUCCUUAUGACGAAAAUUUUUGAUCAUACAUAUUAUUGAUUUUCCGUGAACGGAACAAUCCACGUGCAUUCAUAAUAGUACAUUCUCAUAAAAAUAGAUGUAAAUUUUGAUAGCAGAAAUCAGAACAACGCUGAAAGUUCAUC